UCAAUUCAGACAAAUCCAUUACAUGUAAUCGUGUUUCUCGCUCCUCUCUCUCUCUCUCUCUCUCUCUCUCUCUCUCUCUCUCACACACAGACACACACCAAACACACUCCAUGGUUUGAUUCUCAGGUGGUGGUAGCACCGUAGCAUCAUCCCCUUCACUUCGCCGUUUUCUGUUUCCCCCUUCUCUUUCUCUUCUUCAAUUUUCAACUCCACAAAAAAUUUCUGGUUUUCUCAGUGUGUAACAGUUCGUUUCUGACCGUUUUUUGGAGUUUGCUGUUCGAGUUUGCUUAGUUUGGGGAUUUGGUAAUCUAGGGUGUGUAUUGGAAGAGAGUUGAAAUGCAGAGACCAACGACCGAUAAAAUUGGUAUGGGGAAAAGGACCCUGGAGAGUGGAGAAGAUGAACAGCCUGAACGAAAGAGGCCUGCUCUUGCCAGUGUAAUUGUGGAAGCUCUCAAGGUGGACAGUUUGCAGAAGCUUUGCUCAUCUUUAGAACCUAUUCUUCGGAGAGUUGUGAGUGAAGAAGUGGAGCGUGCUUUGGCAAAGUUAGGUCCUCCAAGACUCAGUGGAAGGUCUUCUCCUCCUAAAAUGAUUGAAGCUCCUAAUGGUAGAAACUUGCGGCUGCAAUUUAGGUCCCGGCUGUCUCUUCCCCUAUUCACGGGAGGAAAAGUGGAAGGCGAGCAGGGGGCUCCAAUUCAUGUUGUCCUGAGUGAUGCCACUAGUGGAAAUGUUGUAACAUCUGGACCUGAAGCCUCUAUGAAACUUGAUGUUGUUGUCCUUGAAGGUGAUUUUAAUAACGAAGAUGAUGAAGAUUGGAAUCAAGAAGAAUUUGAAAGCCAUGUGGUGAAAGAACGAGAAGGAAAGAGACCUUUGUUAACUGGGGACCUGCAAGUGACGCUCAAGGAAGGAGUUGGAACAUUGGGGGAACUGACAUUUACUGAUAAUUCAAGCUGGAUAAGGAGCCGUAAAUUCAGGCUUGGCCUGAAGGUGGCAUCAGGUUUUUGCGAGUCUAUACGGAUUCGUGAGGCUAAGACAGUGGCUUUCACAGUUAAAGAUCAUAGAGGAGAAUUAUAUAAAAAACAUUAUCCUCCUGCAUUGAAUGAUGAUGUGUGGAGAUUGGAGAAGAUAGGCAAGGAUGGGUCAUUUCACAAGAAGCUGAAUAAUGCAGGAAUAUUCACAGUUGAAGAUUUUCUUCGGCUUGCAGUUAAAGAUCAACAAAAACUGCGGAAUAUCCUUGGGAGUGGAAUGUCAAACAAGAUGUGGGAGGCUCUCUUAGACCAUGCAAAGACUUGUGUUCUAAGUGGGAAGCUCUAUGUUUAUUAUCCAGAAGAUACAAGAAAUGUUGGUGUUAUUUUUAACAAUGUCUAUGAGCUGCGUGGCCUUAUAACAGGAGAACAAUUCUUUUCUGCUGAUUCUCUCACUGAUAGCCAGAAGGUUUAUGUAGAUUCGUUGGUAAAGAAGGCCUAUGACAAUUGGGAUCAGGUAGUAGAGUAUGAUGGCAAAUCACUUGUGAAUGCUGAGCAGAAUAAUAGUUCUGUUGAAUCUGAAAAUGAACUUCAUCUAGAGUCAAUUGAUUAUGGUAGUGGUUUGGGUCAUCAACUGCAACUUCCCCUCCCAAUGCCUGUUCCUUCUGAACAGCAAAUGAAUUCAGGGAUGGCGGUUGGAGGUUAUGAAAAUAGUUUGGUAACAAGAUAUCCAACCCACUCAUUAAUUGCAAACUCCAACUCCCGGAGUCAGUUUGACAGCUCAUUAUAUCUCUCUAGUGACCAAUUAAUAAGCAAUGCUCAUCAAACCCAAAGCACUAGGAAUGAUCAUGGUACAGUAGGGUUAGCUCUUGGCCCUCCUCAAUCAUCAACAUCAGGGUUCCAUGCUGGUAGCUCCUCGGUUCAGUCGUCUACCCUAAAUCCUUUUGAUGAUUGGUCGCAGAACAGGGACAAAGGGGUUGAUGAUUUCUUUUCAGAAGAAGAAAUCCGCAUUAGAAGUAAUGAGAUGCUAGAGAAUGAAGAUAUGCAGCACUUGCUUCGCCUCUUCAGCAUGGGAGGUCAUUCCUCCAUGAAUGCUGAGGAUGUCUAUUCAUACCCUUCAUUCAUGCCAUCUCCGAUGCCUAACAUAGACGAGGAUCGCUCUCGUCCAGGCAGAGCUGUUGUGGGAUGGCUGAAGAUCAAGGCAGCAAUGAGGUGGGGCUUCUUUAUCAGGAAGAGAGCGGCUGAGAGGCGGGCACAGAUAGAGGAGAUAGAUGAUUAGGUUGUUUAGACAAUGAUUGCAGGCUUAACAGAUAGCCUAAAGAUCUUACUAAUAUUCUGCAAAUUUAAUUGUCUGUGUUAGUGCCAAUCAAAUUGUGCAGUACAUGGUGUUGACACUCUAGAUUUAUGCUUUACCUUUGUCCACUAUCCUGUACAGUUAGGAAAAACCGCGAUUGCUAUUUGUUUUUCCAUUUCAUGUUCAUGUCACUCCCUAUCUGUCAUCUUUCAAUUGGUUUUGGGUUUAGUGGUGAGGUUUUUAUAAAACACCUGAUUUAAGAUGAUUGCUCA